AUGGGCGUCUUCAACGUUCUCGCGCUCUCCGCGGAGACGUCGGUGCUGGGCUGGUACUUCCUGGUGCCAUUGGCAUCUCCCGGAGGCCACGAGCUUCUUGCGCGCGACCUUCACUCACCGCUGCAGUUCCGUCAGUCCCUAGCGCCCCAAGCUCUCUUAUCGCUGCUACGUUUGCUCUUCUUCGUGUACAUCCGGCGUCGCAAUAAGCGCGUACCGUCCACUCGCUGCUUCGUGUUCGUAGUGUCGCUACUAGAGGUGGUUGGCUGCUGUCUGGGCUCGCUACAGCCUAUAUUGUAUCUAGACGGCCGGCAAAUCGACACAUUCUCCAAGCAUCGCCGCGUGCGAUGGGGUGGCUUCUAUGUGGCUGUACUGGGCGUCAUGGCCAUCUUCAGUACGUUGCUCCAGCUUAGCUAUAUUCUGCAACUUAACAAGAGUCGGGGACGUUUGGCCGACGAUAAUCUGCUACGAGACGUGAUGGGCGAGACUCCACGCGCCAAGUGGAGGUCCAAGUGGGCCACGCUGGGUAAGCAGCUAGCAGGCAGGCAUAAACCUAAAGACCCGACGUUCGAGGCCAUGGUGAGACUCUAUGCGCAUCAAGAAGGAGCCGUGGACCGACUCGUUGUGUCUUCAGACCGAGAUGAAGCCGAGUUCGAGUUCUAUCUGCCCCAACUGUGCAGCUUCUUGCUGCUGGAUGCAUUUUCCCGCUCUCCGCAAUUGUGUGCAAUGCUACUGCGUAAAUGCAGCGUGUCCCAUGUAUUUGCACACAAAAUGCUGUGGUACUUGCAGUCGUACUGUCUGCAUAACCCAGCGUUUGCUACGGAGGCUGACUACCAGCGUGUGCAGAUGCUAAUUGACGACGUAUCCGAACGCGGUGUGGCGCCAGCGAUGGUCGUGGCUUGUCCGCCCAGUCCAGCUACCUCGGAGCACCAAUCCCGAGCGAAUCGCGGAUCUGAGGUAUCAGCUAGUGCACAGGAAGUCGAGGCUUUGUUGCCAGGCACUCAGGAUGAUCACUACGAUACUUUCCAGGAGAAUAACGACCUAGAGCGAGGACUGGCUAGAUCUGCGAUCGCUUCGAAAGCGUUCAUCGGCGCUGGUGUGGAGCCUUUUGAGGUCGAGACGGCAUUUUUGGGCUCUUUGGCCAACAUUUCGUCGAAUUUGCGUGCUGUGGCGUACAACCGGCGCAACGAUAUGCUUCGUAUCUGGCUGCAAGACUUAGAAGCUCAGUACCUGCCUAACAACUCACUGUAUCUUCCCGUAGGGAACUCGUUUCACCGACUCAAGCACGUCCAUGUGGAUGAGAGCUUUACCUUCUCGACGCGAGAGCGCGUGCCGUUUCUGCUUUGUGCUGAGGUCGUCGACUACCCCUCUCCACAAGAAGAACGACUCAAGCGACGCAGCAACAGCGUAUUCAAUGGUAGACGCUUCACGCUCAGUUUAUGGGAUUCGGCCAGCACUCAAGACAUGACAACAGCGUCCACACCUGCGGAACGCACGCCAUUGAUGUCUCCGGAUGCUGCCAAACUGGGGUUCUGGAGCGAAUCACGUACACCUAGCAGUCCAACAAGACUCCGCUCGUUCUCACACCAUAUUUCGAAUAAAAUGGUGCAACCGACUGAGCUGCUGCACGGACUGAUCGACUCCCUGGUUGGUAAGACUCCGGGCGGGAAGAAUCUGGACCCCAAGAGUGUGGCUUUACUCAGUAAAGUUGACGACGAAUGUGGAGAGGAUGUACCCAAGCGAUUCCGCGAGUUGCCAGAGAGAAGUCAGAGCCAGCCUUUCUUCAAGAGUGAAGCAUCUAUUAAACCAGGUCUGACGGUAGACACAAGCGCGUCGGGGCUUCGGCCUACGCUGUCGGCACAGACGGUCCCUGCGUCCAUCGUUCCAGUCACUACAGACAUUGAUGACAUGGAUUCUGUAAGCAGCGUCAGCGGUGCGUGGUCUCCCAAGUCAGACACAGUGAUGUCGCCUCGGUCGGAGACUUCAGCAGCUUCACCGCAUCAUCUCGCGCGCUUUGACAGUACCGAUCGGUUUUUGCAGGAUUUAUCCGAACGUGACUCGAAACUCGAGGAAGAAGAAGCUGAGGCCAAUGAUCCCUCUUCGGAAUCCCGCAACCAAGCGGUUGGGGAGCCACUUGUCAUAUUUAAGGAGCGUUGGGCUGAAAAGGAACGUCGUAUACAAGCGAUAUCUCCCUACGGCAAACUACCGGGCUGGAGAUUGCUGCCUGUGAUCGUUAAAAGCGACGACGAUCUCCGUCAAGAGCAGUUAGCGUUGCAACUGAUUCAUCAGUUUGCCAAGGUAUUUGAAGAGUUCCAAGUGCCGGUCUUCAUCCGGCCGUACGAUGUGAUCGCCAUCUCCGCCACCUCUGGUCUUGUGGAAGCCAUCUCGGACACGAUCUCCAUUGACUCGUUGAAGCGCAAUGACCGCGAGUUCACGACGCUGUUGGACUUCUUUACUCGCCAUUUCGGAGAUCCAAGUACACCUGAAUUCCAUAAAGCCCGAGCCAACUUUGUCAGCAGCAUGGCUGGGUACGCGAUCGUGUGUUAUCUACUUCAGAUCAAGGACCGUCACAACGGGAACAUUCUGUUGGAUGCUGAGGGCCACAUUAUCCAUAUCGACUUUGGCUUCAUCCUGUCCAACAACCCGGGCAACAUGGCCUUCGAGCAGGCUCCUUUCAAGCUCACGGCCGAUUUUGUGGAGCUCAUGGGCGGUCCUCGUUCUGCGCACUUCCGGCGGUUCCGGUCUCUGUGUGUACGCUCGUUCCUAGUGGCUCGGAAGUAUCGUCACCGCUUUGUGUUGCUCGUGGAGAUGAUGUUGCACGGCAACGAACACUUGCCGUGCUUUGCCGGAGACCCCAAGGGCACAGUUGAACGUCUCGCCGCUCGCUUCCAGCCAGACUUGGACAUCAACUCGUGCGAGGACUUCGUGCACGAACUGAUUGACGCGUCCCUGGACAACUGGCGCACACGCUGGUACGACAAGUAUCAGCGCUGGAUCGUUGGUGUCUUCUAA